CUCAGCUGGCCUUUUGACUCACUUACCCAGCAUGCCUUGCGCGUGGAAGGAGUGACUGUGUAAAAUCGGCUGCGCUUGAUGUUUGCCGUCUCCAAUUGUGUGGCUAAAAUGCAUUUGAACCGCAUUAAAUAAUAAGGAAGGCCCGAUAAAAAAACAAACGUUGACAUAUUUCGUGCCGUGCUGUGUGCUCCAGCGAUGCCUCUCUUCACGACGAACCCAUUUGACCAAGAUGUUGAGAAAGCAACCAGUGAGAUGAACACAGCCGAGGACUGGGGCCUCAUCUUGGACCUAUGCGAUAAGAUAGGACAGCAGCGCACUGGGCCGAAAGAAUGCCUGCGCUCCAUCAUGAGAAGAGUGAAUCACAAGGACCCCCAUGUAGCCAUGCAGGCGCUCACGCUUCUGGGUGCAUGCGUCUCCAACUGUGGCAAGAUCUUCCACCUGGAGGUGUGCUCCAGAGAGUUUGCCAGUGAAGUCAGUAACGUCCUAAACAAGGGCCACCCUAAAGUGUGUGAGAAGCUGAAGGCACUGAUGGUGGAGUGGGCAGAGGACUUCCGCAGUGACCCCCAACUCAGUUUGAUCUCGGCUAUGAUCAAAAAUCUACGCGAGCAAGGAGUUACCUUCCCUGCUGUGGGCUCGCAGGCUGCGGAGCAAGCUAAAGCCAGUCCUGCAUUAGUGGCAAAGGAUCCUGCAAAUUCCUCAAACAAGAAAGAAGAAGAAGACUUGGCCAAAGCUAUUGAGCUGUCCUUGAAGGAGCAGAGACCUCAGACGUCCUUGUCCAGCCUCUACCCCAACACCUCUACCCUGCUGCCCUCACACAAGUCUGAUGGCAGGAAGGUCCGCGCCAUUUACGACUUUGAGGCCGCCGAGGACAACGAGCUCACCUUCAAGUCGGGGGAGAUCAUCACUAUCCUAGAUGACAGUGACCCCAACUGGUGGAAGGGGGAGACGUAUCAAGGGGUGGGGCUGUUCCCCUCCAACUUUGUCACUGCUGAUCUCACCGCAGAGCCUGAGAUGAUGAAGACGGAGAAGAAGACGGUGCAGUUUAGCGAAGACGUUCAAGUGGAGACCAUCGAGCCUGAACACGAGCCCGUUUUUAUUGAAGAGGACAAGAUGGAUCAACUCUUGCAAAUGAUCCAGAGUGCAGACCCCACAGACAACCAGUCAGACAGUGUUGAGUUGCUGCAGCUGGAAGGUGCCUGCAAUCAAAUGGGACCGCUCAUUGACCAGAAACUGGAGGACAUUGACAGGAAGCACUCUGAGCUGUCCGACCUCAACGUGAAGGUGAUGGAGGCGCUGUCGAUGUACGCCAAGCUGAUGAAUGAAGAUCCCGUAUACGCAAUGUACGCUAAGCUGCAGAGUCAGCAGUAUUACAUGCAGCAGCAACAGCCACCUGUCUCAACGCAGCAGGUGUAUCCUGGUGCCGCAUCGGGCUCGUACGCCUUGAGUGGCGGCAGCGUUCAAGGCUACAAUGUGGAUCAGAUGCAAGGUGGAACGCCGAUACCUGGACAAGCUGCCCCCAGCGACGUUCACAUGUACAUGGGUCAGCCGCCCGUCUACGCUGGCCCCGCCCCCGGCAGCAUGACCCCUGCAGACGCCCACGCUUACCAGGGUGGCCCGGCCGGCCCCUUCCCCGCCAUGACGCAGGCUCCCGGCUACAGCGCCCCCUCUGGCCACAACGUGAUGACAUCUGCAGAGCUGCCAGCGCAGGUUUCUUACUCCGAGAAGGCGUUGCUAUAGUGACAGCAAACGUCAAGAGUAGUGCGACGUCUUACAUGUCUUUAUUUCCUCUAACAUGAAAGGAACAAAGGUGAGGGUGAUCUUUACUUAGUUGCACUUCUGUUGUGUUGUUGAUCAACAUGUAAGUAGAAACAAGCUCUGUGUUCCAGCUCUCAUCUUCACUACUGUGCUAAACUACCACACACUCACCUUUCUCUACAACUUUUACUCCAAGUACUGAAAACUGACGACACUUUCUGUUGUUUUGGGAGGCAAAGCAUGCACAUGGCUCUUGUAUAUUUUAUGGAACUCAAGGCCGGCUGAUGACCUCACGUUAGCACAGUGUUUAGCGGCGGUCGCCACGGCAACUGGAGCCAAAGCAGAACAAUUGGAAAAGGAAAUCCUGUCAAGCAUCUCUCUGUUUUUGUAGAGUCAUUUUAAUUUAUGUAUUAUAAUUUUGAUGCUGUUUUGUAAACAUGGACAAGAUGUAAGUAUUCUCACAGGGAAGUUGUACAUUUCAAAGUUGCCUCGCACUAAAACACGUUCAUUAACUGCCGACAAACACUACUUCCUGUCGUUAGUGUUCAAUUGAGGGAGCAUUUUAAUCUGAUUUGAAAUCAGUUUAAUUUGACUCCUCAAAAGGUGAUUUUAUACCCCCGUUUUAAUUUCAAAUGAAGUUCACUUUCGGUCUCUUGCAGCGUUGGACUGUAGGCCCAAAUGAAGGUGCAGCAUAGAUUAUUAUUAUUAUUAUUAUUAUUAGUAUUGUUGUUAUUAUUAUUAUUGAAAGUUUUCAUGUCAAAUGUGUAUCCUGCUCUCUUUUAAUCGUACUCAUCAGUUGAUAUUCACAAUAAAAGAAACCAGGCCAAAUGUACACAACAAUUUGAGUGACAUUCUUUUAUUUUUCUUAAUUAUUGAAAUAUUUUGUAAUAUUUUUCCAAAACUAGCUUUCAUACAAUUUUUAAUCAAUGUAUUCCUCUUCUUGCAACUUUUUCCUCCCUUUCCUCCCAUCCAUCCAUCCAUUUUCUACCGCUUGUCCCUUUUGGGGUUGCGGGGGGUCGCUGGAGCCUAUCUCAGCUGCAUUCGGGCGGAAGGCGGGGUGCACCCUGGACAAGUCGCCACCUCAUCACAGGGCUUCACAAACCACGAUGACAUCCCCUGAUCUGUACCCACAUCCGGGCAAGGAAAAACUGCAAAAGCCUUUGCUGGGAAAAGAAGAAACCUUGGAAAGGGGCCACAGAUGCGGGGGAAUCUCCCUCC